AUGAAAAUAUUCCCCAUCGCUCAAUCGCUAUUAAGAAUAUCUUUCAACCGAUUCACUCAUUUACCUUUCCAAGCUUCAUUUCCAACUUCAACACAAAACGCUUUUGACCCAAUUGCCACCAGAUUACCCUUUAGAACAAUGGCUACUUUCCAAACCUCAAAUAAAAUUGAAAAACCAGACUUGGAUGAUAGAGAUUAUAAGAUCUUGAACUUAGAAAAUGGUCUUACCGCGCUAUUGAUCAGUGAUAGUAAGACUGAUAAAUCUGCUGCUGCCCUAGAUGUCAAUGUUGGUUCUUUCAGUGAUUAUGAACAUUUGCCUGGGUUAGCUCAUUUCUGUGAGCACUUGUUAUUCAUGGGUACAAAGAAAUAUCCUUCAGAAAAUGAAUACUCAAGUUAUUUAUCCAACCAUGGUGGUCAUUCAAAUGCUUACACCGCAGCGGAAGAUACAAACUAUUAUUUUGAAGUCAAUCAUCAAUAUUUGGAAGGGGCAUUAGAUAGAUUUAGUCAAUUCUUUAUCUCUCCAUUAUUUGAUGCAAGUUGUAAAGAUCGUGAAAUUAGAGCAGUUGAUUCUGAAAACAAAAAGAAUUUACAAAGUGAUUUGUGGAGAUUAUAUCAAUUAGAGAAAUCAUUAUCAAAUCCUGUUCAUCCAUUUCAUAAAUUUUCAACAGGUAACUUGGAAACAUUAGAAGAAAUUCCAAAAUCUCAAGGUAUUGAUGUUAGGGAGGAAUUGUUGAAAUUUUACAAAGAUUCAUAUUCAGCUAAUUUAAUGAAAUUGGCCAUUAUCGGUAGAGAAGAUUUAGAAACUUUAGAAAAAUGGGUUAUUGAAAAAUUUAAAGAUGUUCCAAACUUUGGUGUUUCGAAACCUCAAUUUGAAUCUGCUCCAUAUACACAAAAUGAAGCUAAAAAAUUAAUCAAAGCUAAACCAGUCAUGUCUAAAAACAAAUUAGCGUUAUCAUUCAUUGCACCAGAUCAUCAAAAACAUUGGGAGGUUCAUACAGGUCAUUAUUUUAGUCACUUGAUUGGACAUGAAGGUAAUGGAAGUUUAUUAGCAUUUUUGAAAACCAAGAGUUGGGCAAAUGGUUUAUCAGCUGGUGGAUAUUCAGUCUCUGAAGGUUGUGGUCAAUUUAGUAUUGAUAUUGAUCUAACUGAAGAGGGAUUGAAAUAUUAUGAAGAUGUUUUAUAUGCAACUUUCCAAUAUUUAGAGCUUUUAAGAGUUUCAUUACCACAAAAAUGGAUUUAUGAUGAAUUAAAAGAUGUCAGUGAAAUGAAUUUUAGAUUUAAACAAAAAUCAUCACCUUCUGGUACUGUUUCAAAAUUAGCAAAAGAUUUGCAAAAAACUUUUAUUCCAGAUGAAAAUGUUAUAAGUAGAUCUGUUUUAAGAAGUUAUAAUCCAGAUUUGAUUUCAGAAUAUGGUAAUGCGCUAAAUGUUGAUAACGUUAGAGUCACAUUGAUUUCUCAAAAUGUUAAAACUGAUAAGCAAGAAAAAUGGUAUGGUACUGAAUAUUCUGUUGAGGAUCUAUCCGAAGAACUAAUUUCAAAAUUAAGAAAACCAGCUUUGAAUGGUGAUUUACAUUUACCAAAUCCAAAUGAUUUCAUUCCUACAAAUUUCGAAGUUGAAAAAUUAGAAGAUGUUGAACCUUUGAAAAAACCGGCUUUAUUAAAAUCAGAUGAUAAAAUUAGAGCUUGGUACAAGAAGGAUGAUCAAUUUUGGGUUCCUAAAGGUUACAUUCAACUAUUGAUUAACUUACCAAUUACGGUUGCUACACCAGUUAACAAUGUUUUAACUAAUUUGUUUGUUGACUUAUUAGAUGACGCCUUGAUAGAUACUUCUUAUCAAGCUGAACUGGCUGGUUUGAGCUUUUCUUUACAUCAAGGUAAAGAAGGGUUAGUACUUGAAGUUGCUGGUUAUAAUGAAAAGGCACCAGUUUUAUUGAGGGAAGUUUUGAAGAAAUUGGUUUCAUUCAAAGCAACUGAAGAUAGAUUUAAUGUAUUCAAAGAAAAAUAUACCAGAAACUUGAAGAAUUAUGGUUACAAAGUUCCUUACAGUCAAAUUUCAUCAGUUUUUGCCAAUAUUUUAAAUGAAAACACUUGGGAAGUUGAAGAGAAAUUAUCAGUUUUAGAAAAUAUUACAUUUGAAGACUUGAGUAACUUUACUCCUUUGAUAUUUAAACAAACAUUUGUUGAAACUUUAAUCGAAGGUAACUUCCAACCUAAAGAAGCUCAUGAAAUUAUUAGCGUCAUUGAGGAUAAUAUCAAAGCCGAACCAUUGACUAAAACUCAAAAAGUCAAAUCAAGAUCUUUUUGGAUCCCUGAUAACAAAGCUUACAGAUAUGAAAAGGAUUUACCAGAUGAAAAAAAUAAAAACACAUGUGUUCAACAUUUUAUUCAAGUAGGUGAAUUGAAAGAUAGACCGUUACAAUGUAUCACAGAAUUAUUGGCUCAAUUGAUUAAAGAACCAGCGUUUGAUACUUUACGUACUAAAGAACAAUUAGGUUAUAUUGUCUUCAGUGGUUUGUUGGAAUCUAGAACAACAUUUGGUAUCAGAGUUAUUGUUCAAAGUGAAAGAAAUUCAACUUAUUUAGAAUCAAGAAUCGACAAUUUUUUCAAGCAAUACCAUACAACAUUGAAAGAAUUAAGCGAAGAAGAGUUUGAAAAAAAUAAAGAAGCUUUGAUCAAUAGAAAAUUAGAAACUUUGAAGAAUUUAGGCCAUGAAAAUAAUAGAUUCUUACGUGCAAUUUCAAAUGGGUUCUAUGAUUUCUUGCACAAUGAAACAGAAACUGAAAUUUUGAAAAAGAUCACCAAAGCUGAAAUGCUUGAGUUUUAUGAAAACAAGAUUUUACAGAAUCAUUCUAAAUUGAUCAUUAAUCUUCACUCUAAAGCUAACGAGGAUCAUGAAACAGUUGAAGGCUAUCCAACAGGUGAAGUUAUUGAAGACGUUGGAGAAUUAAGAUCAUUAUUCUAUUUGACACCAUCUGCCAAACCAGUUGAAGAGUUGACCAUUGAAAAUUUUAAGCCAAAGUUAUGA